UUGAUAUGGAACAAAUCAAAUUUAACAACUACAAGAGCACAUUUCCAAUGAUUUUUUAACAAUAUUUCAAGAUGUACCUGUCCAAAUUCUUCAUAUCCAAUUGCGCAAUCUUCAUCUUGUGUGUACUAGUGAGUGUUGUUACCUGUCAAAAUGAACGUACAUUCAAAAACGUUGUUAUAAAAGUGACUUCCAAGAAAACACCGCAAAAAGCGAAUAAAUUGCUGAUAAAUUCUAACAAUUUGCUUCAAGUUCUGGCUACCUAUAACACAGACAUCUAUGAUACGAUCAAAAUAGAAAACGCUAAUAUACCAGUAAUCCAUAGAGGUGCUUUUAAAGAUGUCAAUCUUUCUCAACUCAUAAUAUCGGAUACGAAUCUGCUAGAGCUCAAAGCUGGGGCAUUUGAAGGCCUUCAGAAAGUCGAAGCUUUAGUCAUAAGCGAAAAUCAGCUUCAAAUUAUCAAAAAAGACGUCUUCACGAAUUUAACCAUUCACAAACUCUACCUGGACAGCAACAAUAUUGUAUUAGUCGAAUCGGGUUCUUUUGAUGGCAUGCAGCAUUUAACGACGGUGGUGUUAAGCAUUAAUGCAAUAAAGGUGGUUAAAAAAGGAACUUUUAAGGAUUUAAACGAAUUGUUGUCUGUAAGGAUGGAUUUCAAUAAAAUCGAAACCAUCGAAGAAGGGGCUUUCCAGAAUCUUCCUAAGUUGCACAGGAUCGAUUUGGACAAUAAUAUGAUCAAAAGAGUUGAAGCUGAGUCUUUUGUACAACUUCCUCUACUGGUGGUCCUACUACUUGAAACCAACUCUUUGGAAUACGUAUCUCUGGAAAACCUAGACAGCCUGAGGGUGCUAUGGAUACACGAUAAUAAAUUGAAAUCUCUGGAUAUGGGAAUGUUGGACAGACUGAAAAGUAUUAGUAAAUUAAACGCGACUGACAACGAAAUUUCCACCUUAGAAGGUAUUGCCCAACGCGGUCUCAAUAUGGUUUAUUUGGAUUUAAGUUUUAAUAAGAUUGUUGAUGUACCCCAUGGAGUGUUUAAUGGAUCUAAAAUAGAAAAUCUGAAACUAAACAACAACAAAAUUGAAACCAUAUCGCCAACGGCUCUAAGAUCCUCCCAAAUCCAAAACCUGUACCUUCAAGAAAACCAAAUAACCAAAAUCCUGCGAGGAACAUUCUCCGACAUGGACACCGUCCAUCUUGAUUUAAAUGACAACAAGAUCGUCCAAAUUGAAGCAGAAUCCUUCGCAAAUUCCACGUUUCAGGAAAUCUAUUUGGACAGGAAUAAACUGACGUCUGUCGGUAAAGGCGUAUUCGAUAAUGUCAAAGUUUCGUUCGUGUCGAUUUUGAAAAAUGACGGAGUAAACGAGAGGGCGUUUAAUAAUGUCUCCAAUCUUUUCCAUUCCAAUGGAAAUAGAGUUGAUCAAUCAGGGAGAAAAGAUGCUGUGAUUUUAGAUAUAAAGUAACUUUAUAUUGUUUAUAGGUUAGUUUUUAAUUGUUGUGUAAGACAUUUUUAUUUAUAAAAAAUGUAAUUGUUGAAAUUGUUUGCUAUUGAUUUAAAACCUGUAACUUCAGGGCCAUCUAGCACCCAAACUGAGCAUCUACUGAAAUAAGCUUAAUUGGGCAUGUUCAAAAAUUUAAAUUUUUUUAUGAAUAAUAGAGUUGA